AUGGCCAAGCGUCGCCUUUAUCCGACAAGUUGUAUUUUGGUUGUGCUGGCCUUCUGUGUAGUCGGGGCUACAGCAGUCCACAACGACAAGUGCUACCGACAGUCCAGGGACGCCCUGUCACAUAAGGAAGCCUCGGCAGCCUGUGUCUUCAUGGGAGGGCAGCUGGUAGACAUCAAACAGUCGCAUGAGCAGCAGAUGCUAACUGACAUCAUCCGGAACACCAACGAUGUCUCUCACUGGACUUUCAUCAAGUCAGAGACACCGACACUUCUCCACAUCGAUGGAUCUCCGAUGUCGUUGCAGUCAUCGUGGAUGGCGGAAGAUAUGUACGGCCCGUUCGACAUCUGUGUGCUGCUGGACCGAGACCAGAGUUACAAGGGAGACUUCCACGCCUACCACUGUGCUGGCAAUCCGUGCUGGUCAGGAGGGACGUGUGUGAAUGGUCCGACUGGCUACACCUGUACCUGUCCGUCUGGGACCUCAGGACAGAACUGCGAAACAGUCCACAACGACAAGUGCUACCGACAGUCCAGGGACGCCCUGUCACAUAAGGAGGCCUUGGCAGCCUGUGUCUUCAUGGGAGGGCAGCUGGUGGACAUCAAACAGUCACAUGAGCAGCAGAUGCUGACUGACAUCAUCCGGAACACCAACGAUGUCUCUCACUGGACUUUCAUCAAGUCAGAGACACCGACACUUCUCCACAUCGAUGGAUCUCCGAUGUCGUUGCAGUCAUCCUGGAUGGCGGAAGAUAUGUACGGCCCGUUCGACAUCUGUGUGCUGCUGGACCGAGACCAGAGUUACAAGGGAGACUUCCACGCCUGCACGGAACAACACAACUACGUCUGCGAGUCGCCUGUGACCCCAUGCCACCCCGACGUGUGUCAGCACGGUGGAGUCUGCAAGUCCUGUUUCUCUGAGUCUCCCAUGUGUGACUGUCCUCCAGGAUACACCGGCGUUUUCUGUGAAACAGACAUAAACGAGUGUGCAUCUAACCCUUGCCAGAAUGGGGGAACAUGUCUUGAUCGUGUCAACUCCUACGUGUGUGCCUGUCGGAUUGGGUUCGACGGAGAUCUGUGUGAAAACGAUAUCGACUAUUGUGACCCUAACCCUUGCCCUACGAGUUGGACCUGUGUGGAUCAAGUUGUUGGUUUCCACUGUGAGGUUCCCCAUGGAGCGAAAGCCGCCUCUACCUUCUGCAUGGCUUCCCCCUGCGGUCCGGGGUGGACAUGUGAAGAUACCGGCCUUCGUACCGGCUACAACUGCAUCCCCGUCUCCUAACGCCGAUCGCCGAUAACAGCCCAGCCGUUCAAGUGGACUCUGCAACAUAAUACAUACGUACAAUUAAUGCUCUGUACGUACAGUUAUGAAUGAUAUCAAGCAGACUGAUUAAAAUUAAUGUCAACCUCAUACAUGAAUUAUGGCUUCACCACACCACGUAGUACCAUUUUUAUUACGGGGCAUGUGGUGAAGCCAUCUGCUGCAUUUGUUCUCGAGCAAAUGUCGGUCUUUCUAGUUUUCAAUGUGUUCACAACUUAUGGCAGACCGAGUAAAACGAGGUGCCACUCAUGACGACAUUUUUACAUACUAGCAACUCUUCUAAAUCUAUUAUAAAAUGUUAUUUCAGCUGACCUACAAAUUGAUGGACAAGUCAUAAGUUCUCUGGGUCGAAAUAGGUUAUACUACGAUCAUAUGGAUUGAUUGACAUGUCAAAGCAAAGAGGUUUAAACCUCCUUGGUCAAAGUCACUUUGAAUUCUCAGUGAUAUUUAGAAAUGGUUCUCAAUCAAGAAUUUACAAUCAAGAAGUCACUUAGAUUAAAUCCACGAUGUUGAAAUUAUAAACAAGAGUAAAAGGUAAGAAUCGCAUUUGAAUAACGAUCAUUUGCACGGCACCCUGGGUUACUUCGUUGCAGGGCAAUAAAGAAUGUAACAACU